AUGCCGGAUUUCGAGCAUUUCAGAUUUUCCUACUCUAGAAUGAAUCCUGUCCUGGGGGAGAGCAGCUUCCUGGCUCCGCAGCACCACCUGACGGGACAGAUGGACUCGUCCAUCCCGGAUCCAGGGUACUUGUGGGAUAACGGCUGGUCCGGCUCUGAUGGGUUUUCCGGGCUGGACCUGGGCGCUCUGCCUCCGGCUCCGGCCUACCUGCACCUGAGCAGCCCCCUGCACCGGGGCCCCCCCGCGGCCACGGCGCUGCGCAACGACCUGGGCUCCAACAUCAGCGUGCUCAAGACCCUGAACCUGCGCUUCCGCUGCUUUCUGGCCAAAGUGCACGAGCUGGAGCGCAGGAACAAGGUGCUGGAGAAGCAGCUGCAGCUGGCUGUGGACAGCAGCAGCGGGGAGGGGGGGCUUCUCAAGCCCCUGACCAAAAACACGGGGGUCCAGACUGGAUUUAUUGGACCUAUUCCAACCAGACCGAACUUCAUCCCGCUCCAGAACUCCAACAACCCGGCCUACCUGCCCGGAGGCCUCCUCUCCCCCACCCUGAACCCCCCUCCCCUCCUCCUGGGCCACAACCUGAACACGGAUUCGAACUCCAACCUCACCGGGUUCGGCUCCAUCAGUCCGAGUCAGAGUCCGAGCGAGCCGACCAGAACCAGCAGCGUGGAGAAGCAGGCUCCUGGCACAGCCAACCUGCCCCCCCCGCCGCGCUUCAUCCCCGGAACCAUCUGGUCCUUCAACCACAACCGCCGCUUCGGCACCGGCUCGUGCGCCACGGGGCCCGGGGUCUCCUGGACUCCGCCAGACGGAGUGGGGGUCCAGAUCGACACCAUCACCCCGGAGAUCAGGGCCCUGUACAACGUCCUGGCCAAGGUCAAGAGAGAGAGGGACGAGUACAAGAGGAGAUGGGAGGAGGAGUACGACGCCAGGAUGGACCUGCAGGAGAAGGUGGAAGAACUCGAGGAGGACCUGCAGGAGAGCGAGGUGUGCCAGGAGGAGCUGGCUCUCAGGGUCAAGCAGCUCAAGGCAGAACUGGUUCUCUUCAAGGGACUCGUCAGCAACAACCUGUCAGAUCUGGACAGUAAGAUCCAGGAGAAGGCCAUGAAAGUGGACAUGGACAUCUGCCGACGCAUCGACAUCACCGCCCGCCUCUGUGACGUCGCCCAGCAGAGGAACUGCGAUGACGUAACCCCCAUCUUCCAGGUGCCCACCCCCCCCUCCACUUUCAGCCGCCGCAGCAGGGUGCAGAGCGGCCAGUCGCUGAGGGGCGUGGACGGAGACGAUCUGAGCGUGUCGGAGAGCGAGGGCGCCAAAGACGAGGAGUCGGGCGGCACGUCGGCCAAUCAGAUCAACGAGCAGAUGCAGAGGAUGCUGAAUCACCUGAGGGAGUGUGAGUUCGAGGAUGACUGUGACAGCUUGGCCUGGGAGGAAACUGAAGAAACUCUUCUACUGUGGGAGGAUUUUCCAGGAUGCACCCUGGGAGUCGAAACACAAGGAGAUCAGGAAGAAUCCAUCGAGAAAGUGAUCAAAGACACGGAGUCUCUGUUUAAAUCCAGAGAGAAGGAGUACCAGGACACCAUCGACCAGAUCGAGCUGGAGCUGGCCACAGCCAAGAGCGACAUGAACCGCCACCUGCACGAGUACAUGGAGAUGUGCUCCAUGAAAAGAGGGCUGGACGUCCAGAUGGAGACCUGCAGGAGGCUCAUCACGCAGAGCGGCAACCGGAAGUCCUCGUCCCUCGUGACGCUGACGGGGGACGACUCGGAACACGAGGAGAGAGAGAAGACGACGCCGGCUCUUCCCGCCGCCUCUGACAGCAGCAGUGACUCGUGCUGCAGCGUCAACGCCGCCGUCGCUCCCAAGACCUGGAGGAAACCCUGACACACAAA